UUUGCUUCCGGAGAGCGGGAAGGCUGAAACGCGGUGUCCGGGCUGCAGUUAAAUUUGCAAGGUUCUAGGUGGAGGAGGCUGCAGCCAUGGACAGGAGUGGCUUUGGGGAGAUGUCUUCGCCUGUGAUCCGAGAGGCAGAGGUGACGCGGACUGCACGGAAGCAAAGUGCUCAAAAAAAAGUUUUAAUUCAGGCCAACCAAGAUGAAAAUUUUGGUACUACAACACCAAGAAGCCAGAUUAUUCCUCGAACUCCAAGCUCAUUUCGACAGCCUUUCACCCCACCGAGUCGAGGCUUACUGAGACAUCCGGACAUCUCCUGCAUUCUUGGAACGGAAGGGCGGUCUCCCCGGCAUACACAAUCUUUCGGGUUCUUGGGAAAUCUUUCCAUGGUAACUAAUCUGGAUGACAGUAACUGGGCAGCCACAUUCUCAUCACAGCGUUUAGGGUUCUACACAAACACGGAGCCCCAUAGUGUGACCGAGGACAUAAACCUAAGUGCUGUCAUGUUACGGGAGGACGACCCUGGAGAGGCUGCAUCCAUGAGCAUGUUUUCCGAUUUCCUGCAGUCUUUUUUGAAGCACUCUUCAACAACAGUUUUUGAUCUUGUAGAAGAAUACGAAAAUAUCUGUGGUAGUCAGGUGAAUAUACUGAGUAAAAUAGUGAGCCGAGCAACACCUGGACUGCAGAAGUUUUCAAAGACGGCCAGCAUGCUCUGGCUCCUUCAGCAGGAGAUGGUCACUUGGAGGCUGCUGGCCUCUUUGUACAGAGACAGAAUACAGUCUUCAUUAGAAGAGGAAAAUAUGUUUGCAAUUGCUGCUGUUAAUGCCAGCGAGAAGACAGUUGUGGAAGCGCUGUUUCAGAGGGAUUCACUGGUGCGACAGAGUCAGUUGGUGGUAGAUUGGCUAGAGAGUAUCGCCAAAGAUGAAAUUGGAGAUUUUUCUGACAAUAUUGAGUUUUAUGCAAAAUCGGUAUAUUGGGAAAAUACCCUCCACACCCUAAAGCAACGGCAGCUGCUGUCCUAUAUAGGAAGUACCCGUCCUCUUGUCACUGAAUUGGAUCCUGAUGCUCCCAUUAGACAGAAAAUGCCACUUGAUGAUCUGGAUAGAGAAGAUGAAGUUAGGUUACUCAAAUAUCUUUUCACUCUAAUCCGUGCUGGAAUGACAGAAGAGGCACAACGGCUCUGUAAACGUUGCGGGCAAGCAUGGCGAGCCGCGACCCUGGAAGGCUGGAAACUGUAUCAUGACCCUAAUGUUAAUGGAGGGACAGAGCUAGAACCUGUUGAAGGGAAUCCAUAUAGACGGAUUUGGAAGAUUAGCUGCUGGAGAAUGGCUGAGGAUGAACUUUUUAAUAAAUACGAAAGAGCGAUUUAUGCAGCACUGAGUGGGAAUCUCAAGCAGCUUCUUCCUGUCUGUGACACCUGGGAAGACACAGUGUGGGCCUACUUCCGGGUGAUGGUGGACAGCCUGGUGGAGCAGGAGAUUCGGACGUCAGUGAUGACGCUCGAUGAAACGGAGGAGCUCCCUCGAGAGUACACGGAGGCUAACUGGACCUUAGAAAAGGUUUUUGAAGAACUUCAAGCCACUGACAAAAAGAGAGUUCUGGAAGAGAAUCAAGAACAUUACCAUAUAGUUCAGAAAUUUCUUAUCCUGGGAGACAUUGACGGUUUGAUGGAUGAAUUUAGCAAAUGGCUGUCCAAGAGCAAAACCAAUCUCCCUGGACACCUCCUCCGCUUUAUGACUCACCUUAUUUUGUUCUUCCGCACCCUGGGACUGCAGACCAAAGAAGAAGUUUCCAUUGAGGUUUUAAAGACAUAUAUACAGCUUUUGAUAAGUGAGAAGCACACAAACCUCAUAGCGUUUUAUACCUGUCAUUUGCCACAAGACCUUGCUGUUGCCCAGUAUGCAUUAUUUUUGGAAGGCGUUACAGAGUUUGAGCAGCGACACCAGUGCCUGGAGCUGGCUAAGGAAGCAGAUUUGGAUGUUGCAACAAUAACAAAAACUGUAGUCGAGAAUAUUCGUAAGAAGGAUAAUGGUGAAUUUAGUCACCAUGACUUGGCUCCAUCCCUAGACACUGGCACAACUGAGGAGGACCGCCUGAAGAUCGACGUGAUUGACUGGCUAGUGUUUGACCCAGCACAGAGGGCAGAAGCACUUCGGCAAGGCAAUGCCAUCAUGAGGAAGUUCUUAGCAUCAAAGAAACAUGAAGCUGCAAAAGAAGUGUUUGUGAAAAUUCCUCAGGAUUCCAUCGCAGAAAUCUAUAACCAGUGGGAGGAGCAAGGCAUGGAGAGCCCUCUUCCUGCUGAGGAUGAUAAUGCGAUCCGAGAGCAUUUGUGUAUCAGAGCCUAUCUGGAAGCCCAUGAAACCUUCAACGAAUGGUUUAAGCAUAUGAAUUCGGCUCCACAGAAGCCUACAAUGACAUCUCAACCCACUUUUACAGAGAAAGUGGCUUAUGAACACAAAGAAAAGAAAUAUGAAAUGGACUAUAGUAUUUGGAAAGGACAUUUGGAUGCCCUGACUGCUGAUGUAAAGGAGAAAAUGUACAACGUCUUGCUCUUUGUUGAUGGAGGGUGGAUGGUAGAUGUCAGAGAGGAUGCUGAGGAAGACCCUGAAAGAACACAUCAGAUGGGCUUACUCAGAAAGCUCUGUCUGCCCAUGCUGUGCUUUCUGCUGCACACCAUACUGCAUAGCACCGGUCAGUAUCAGGAGUGCCUGCAGCUGGCCGACAUGGUGUCCUCUGAGCGCCACAAGCUGUAUCUGGUAUUUUCUAAGGAGGAACUAAGGAAACUGCUGCAGAAGUUAAGGGAGUCGUCUCUAAUGCUCCUAGACCAAGGGCUUGACCCACUCGGGUAUGAAAUUCAGUCCUAAAUCACCUACUCUCUGACACCGCCCAUGACCACAGGAGGAUACUUCCUUGCUUGGUUUUGAUGAACUAUAUAUAUUUGUAAUUAUUGGUUUGUUUGUUUGUUUGUUUUUCCUUUGUUAUUCUGGGGGAAAAUGUAAAUUUGAGCAUUUGAAUUUUGUAUUAUAUCAGUAUUUCCUUAAAUAUUUUUUAAUGAAAUUAUACAAAAUAAAAUUUUUGUUCUAUAAA